GGUGUUGCUAGAACCAAGCAAAGUGACAUACUGACAUAUAUAUCACAGCAAAUAUAUACGAAGGGGCAUGAGCGGCAAGAACAAAUUACUCUCAGAAACCAGUCUCUCUACCUUUCUUCCUCCUAUACUACUACUCCCUUGCAUUGUACUUUGUUUCUAGUAUCGCCUAGGAGCUUAUAGUGUCGUCCUCCUACGAUGGAUGCCCCUUGCUUGCUGCCUACCUUGAAUCCUUCUCCUCUCAGGACGUCACAGAUCGAGUAAUCAGUGCUUGCUUUUGCUUGUUAUUUGAUGUGGCUAACAUUUUGACAAAAAGACAUCUGAAGCGGGCAAACAUGUGAUGCAACGCAAGAGUAUCCACAAGCUGAAUUUGUUUGUUCAGACAAAGAAUUCCUCAAAAAGUAUUGUUCAGACAGAAAGAAUUCCUCAAAAGCUGAAUCUGUUUGUUCUAUUCAGAUACUCCAAAAGUAUCCACAGAUCUCAACGAUUUUCAGCAAGCCUUAAGAUUUGAUACGCAAGGAGCAGCACCGAUGCUAGAGAGUGAGCCUUGACUUGCACUAAAAUAUUCCAAGUCAAUCGAAUAAGAAGAGAUGGCAGAGAUUGCUGUUCUUCUUGUCCUGAAGAAGAUUGCAAUAGCUCUGGCAGGAGAGACCCUAAGUUUUGCUAAACAUUUGCUUGCAAAGAAAUCUGAGUUGGUGGCAGCGCUUCCAGAUGACAUGAAACUGAUUAGUAAUGAGCUUGAGCUUAUUCGGGCAUUUCUAAAGAAAAUUGGCCGUACGGGCCGGAAAGAUGAAAUGAUAGAAACAUGGAUAGGGCAAGUCCGAAGACUGGCUUACAAUAUGGAAGACACUGUAGACCAUUUUAUUUAUGUAGUUGGUAAACACAAUCAGACAGGAUCACCUUUGGAUUACUUGAAGAAGAUAGCCAAGAAGCCUCAGCGUCUGCUUUCACUAGAUGAAAUUGCUAGUGAGAUUAAGAAGAUAAAGCAAGAGCUUAUACAACUAUCUGAAAGUAAAGACCGCUGGACUAAACCCUUGGAUGGCGGGACUGAUGUACCUGCAGGAAGCUAUGAAACAGAAAAGGAAAUGUAUCUUCCUGGACACGAUUACUCAAUCAGAGAUGAGGAGCUUGCAGGAAUUGAUAAAAAUAAGCAAACCUUGAUUAGUUCAUUAAAAUUUGAAGAUCCAUCACUUCAAAUCAUUGCUGUCUGGGGUAUGGGUGGCAUUGGAAAAAGCACUCUUGCCAAUAAUGUGUACAAAAAUGAAGGGUUCAACUUUGACUGCCGUGCAUGGGUUUCUAUAUCUCAGUCAUAUAAACUCGAAGAUAUAUGGAAGAAAAUGCUGACAGAUAUCCUCAAGAAAGAUAAGAAAGAAUUUGAUCCUGGAACAAUGGAUAGUGCAGAACUAAGGGAGAAAUUAAUAAAAACUCUAGACAAAAAGCGGUACUUGAUCAUACUGGAUGAUGUCUGGACGGCUGAUGUUUUUUUAGAAUUAAAAAAGUUCUUGUAGAUAAUGGACUUGGAAGCAGAGUAAUAAUCACAACAAGAACUGAGGAGGUAGCUUCACUAGCUGAGGAUAGUUGUAAGAUCAAAGUAGAACCUCUUGGUGACCAUGAUUCCUGGCUUGUAUUUUGUAGGAAGGCAUUUCCUAAAGUUGAAAACCAUAUUUGCCCUUCAGAGUUACGUCAGUGUGGUGAAAGCAUUGUGGAGAAAUGUGAUGGUCUGCCAUUAGCCCUUGUGGCAAUAGGAAGCAUAUUGUCGUUGAGACCAAAGAAUGUUGCUGAGUGGAAGCUAUUUUAUGAUCAGCUUAUCUGGGAGCUACACAACAAUGAGAACCUUAAUCGCGUGGAGAAAAUUAUAAAUCUAAGCUAUAAAUACCUACCAGACUAUUUGAAGAACUGUUUCCUGUAUUGUGCCAUGUUUCCAGAAGACUAUCUAAUACACAGAAAGAGAUUGAUUAGAUUGUGGAUAGCUGAAGGAUUUAUUGAACAAAAAGGGGCAUGCAGCUUAGAAGACACUGCUGAAAGUUAUCUUAGAGAACUCAUACGACGGAGCAUGCUUCACGUUGCAGAGAGGAACAGCUUUGGUAGGGUUAGAUGUAUCCGAAUGCAUGAUCUUGUGCGUGAACUAGCCAUUUUCCAAUCUAAACGAGAGGGUUUUAGUACAACUUAUGAUGGAAAUAAUGAAGGAAUGCUAGUGGAAUCAUAUUCCCGACGAGUGGCUGUGCUCCAAUGCAGCAAGGACAUUCUAUCAACCAUUGAUCCAUCCAGGCUUCGCACCUUCAUAACGUUCGACACCAGCAUGACAUUAUCUUUGUGGUAUUCUUCUAUUUCCUCCAAACCAAAGUACCUUGCAGUAUUAGACUUAUCAGGCUUGCCUAUUGAGACUAUUCCAAAUUCAAUUGGGGAGCUAUUCAACCUUAGGCUUUUGUGCCUCGAUGACACCAAAGUGAAAGAGCUCCCAAAAUCUAUUGCAAAGCUUCAAAACCUACAAGCAUUGAGCCUUGAGCAGGCAGAGUUAGUUAAGUUCCCACAAGGGUUUUCAAACCUGAAGAAAUUGCGACAUCUUAUGGUUUCACGGUUGCGAGAUGCAACUAACAACAGUUUCAGAUGUUGGGAAGCUGUGGAGCCAUUUAAGGGCUUGUGGAGUUUGGUUGAACUGCAAACUCUGUUUGCCAUUACUGCAAGUGAAGUAUUAGUUGCAAAACUUGGAAACUUAUCCCAACUGAGGAGCCUUACAAUUUAUGAUGUAAGGAGUAACUUCUGUGCACAAUUGUUUGGCUCUUUGUCAAAGAUGUGUCAGCUGUCACGAUUAAUGAUAAGAGCAUGCAAUGAAGAUGAAGCGCUACAGCUGGAUGAUUCGACAUUUCCAAAUUCGCUUCAAACCCUUACUUUAUAUGGACGACUGUCAGAAGGAACUUUCAUGUCUCCCUUUUUCUUAAAUCGCGAAAAUGGGCUUCUUAGGCUAAGGCUGGGUUACAGUCACCUUUCAGAAAAUCCGGUACCACACCUCUCUGAACUGUCAAACUUGACUGAGUUAUCUCUUAUAAAGGCAUACACCGGCCAAGAAUUAUACUUCCAAGCAGGCUGGUUCCUGAAUUUGAAGGAUCUUUACUUGAAGGAUUUGCCCCAUGUGAAUCAAAUACACAUACAGGAGGGAGCUUUGGCUAGCCUUAAACGUAUGGGAAUGGUUGGCCUCCUGGAGCUACGACAUGUUCCAGUCGGUUUCAUAUAUCUCAAGUCCCUAAAAACAACUUUUUUUCAUAAUAUGCAUCCUGAUUUUAAAAGUAUUCAAAAGGAAAUGUAGAUCAUAUCCUAUACAUAUACAGGACAAUGGCAUAAGUAUGAUUGGUUUGUGUGUCUACAAGUACCUUAUGUCCGCCGCCGAUUGGCAGGAAGUAGGGUGGGUGCAUUGGCGAACGGUUCAUGAUUGGUGUAUUGAGCUUGGGCAUUACUGUGGAGAGGAAAUGCAGCGCUAGAACUAGAAGCUGGUGUACUGAAGCUGAAGGGCGUGUCUUGUCAUCCAGAUACCUAGGAUCCAAACUUUCAAGCAGAAAGCAGCACAGGCACUGGCACACCAAAGAAGAACCGCAGACGCCAGGCGACAUCAGGCCUGGUUAAUAUAAUGUUUAUCUUUGAUAAUGUUGUUGCAGUACACUAUAAUGUACUUAUCUGUGAUAAUGUUGUUUCAAUCAUUGUGCGGAACCAUUUCGGACUCGGAAUACUUGAUAGUGUGUACGAAGCAUUUGGCAACACUAUUUCAGUUUCUAAUGUACCAAGCAUUUAAUAA